AAUGUGAUGUUUGUUAUGGCUUUUAAAUUUUGUAUUGUGAAAUUUAUUGUAAAAACUGGGAAAACUAUUUAUUAAGUAAAUAUUUAAAAUAAUAUAAUGGAAGUUUGUUACACUUGUUUAAGCACGGAUCGCAUGCUUUUUCCCUUGAGUAAAUUCGAAGAAUUCAUUAGAGAAACCUCAAUGAUGCCAUGUUAUACAUUUACGAAAGGCUCCGUUUGUUGGGAAUGUUGCCGCAUCAUUGAAAAAUUUACAAAAUUUAAAAAGCAAAUUUUAAAAGCUCAGAACUUAUUGCACACUGUGGAUAAGCUGGAUUUAACGUGUUUAAGUUCUUUAGUUGUACAUACAAAAUCAGAUUUUGAUGCGGAAUAUUAUUACACACCUGACCCUCUCGUGAUAUCAGAGGACUAUACGAAAUCCAAACUUGAAGUUAAAAAAGAAGAUGUUUCUGUAAACAUUGAUGACAAUAUUGAUUCUGAUGAUAUAGAUUACAAAUUUGAUGUAAAAAUCGAAGAUGAUAAACCGAUACUCGAAGAUAUAAACACGGAAACAGUAAAAAAGAGAGGAAAUAAAUUGAAUAAAAAGAAAAAAAAUAAAUCUUCUAAAGAUAUAAAAGACUUGGUCGAUAAGUUUACAACAGUUGUAUACAAUGAAGAGGAGAUGUUGAAGAGAAGACAGGAGAAGAGAGAACGGCCGAAUUUUAAGAAGAUACCGUUUAAAUGUGAUAUGUGUGUUCUCGGGUUUACAAAGAAAGACACUCGCGAUCAACAUAUACGGAAGAAACAUGAUGAGAACAUAGGCCCUUACGAAUGCGAUGUGUGUCAUAUCCGUUCACCUACAGAGAGCUCUAUGACACGUCAUCGCAGGCGUCACUAUAUUAGCUACAGUUGCAAGUUCUGUCGUUAUGUUACCUCGCAGAUGUGGUGUAUGUUGAAUCAUUGUCGAGUGAAGCACGGUGCGGAUACUAGUGGCAGGCUGCAUUGUACGCAGUGCGGCGCGGUCAGAGGGAGUUCAGAAGAACUGGACAAGCAUAUAAGGGCGGAACACACAUUGAAAUGUGAUGAAUGUGGGGAAAAAUUUAAGGGGAAGAACACACUGCGUACUCACAAGAUUCGUGUUCACAACGUUCAGAGGGAGUUCACGUGUGACCAUUGCUCGAAAACUUUCAAUUCGCGUUCCCGCCUCGAGUGUCACGUGGCCCGCCACAGCGCGGCGCUGGCGUCGCGGCUGUCGUACUGCGUCACGUGCCGUGUUCAGUACAAGAACAUAUACGUGUACAGAAACCAUUUGAGGAACAGCGCCAAUCAUGGUGAUGAGUUAUACCCAUGUACAGAUUGCAACAAGAAAUUUGUGUCUAAGACAUAUUGGAGGAAGCAUUAUAAUUUCUACCAUUUGAAGAAAUCAAAAUUCGUCUGUGAAAUUUGCAAUAAGCUCUUCAUAUCGGACUGGCGUCUGAAAAAUCACAAACAGAAACAUCACGGUAUGUCGCGCAGCAGAGACCACGACUGUCACGUUUGUGAGAAGAAAUUUUAUACAUUGUCAACGCUGCGUGCGCACGAGUUGACGCAUUCGGAACACCGCGCAUACAUGUGUGAGGACUGCGGUGAUACAUUCAAACAGCGACCGGCGUUAUACACGCACGCUAGACUUGUACACCAAAUGAAGAAAACUAAAUAAUGAUGCGUAUAUAAUCUAUACAUACAUAUGGUCACGUCCAUAUCCCUGGCGGGAUGGACAGAGCCAACAGUCUUGUAAAG